AGCUUCCCGGACAUAGCUCAGGGGUGAGUGCGGGCAGAGGCCUAACGGCGGUGACAGUGAGUGCGCUACCAGGCAGAGGCCCUGACAGGCGAGGGCGCGCUCAGUUCGAUAGCUUGAAGAUGGCCGACCUGCAGCUCCAGAAGAAAGGCAAGAAGAACGACAACGGGGUUGGCAGCGUGGUGGAUUUCCUGCUGGCCAAUGCCCGCCUGGUGCUCGGGGUCGGGGGAGCCGCCAUGUUGGGCAUCGCAACACUGGCCGUGAAAAGGCUCAUUGAUCGUGCAGCGUCCCCUCCGGAUGAUAAAGAGCUGGAUGAGAAAGCGGAGCAGAAAUCCUUAGAGGAGACGUGGAAAGAAGCCGUCUUGGUGAAAACCUCUCCCAAGUUCAGCAGAAAGACGAAGCGGAUAGAUCUCGGGGUCCCUGUUUCUCAGGAGGAGACCGGCGAACCAGUUCCAGAGCCGUUGAGUGCCGAGCAGGAUAAACCCGCCGAUGAACUGAAAAAAGCCCCCAUUUGCUUCACUCUGCAAGAGCGGCUGCUGGAUUAUUCCAGACAUUGCGCCGGCGCCUCAGAGCGUCGGGAGCAGGCAGGAUGCCGGCUGGUGCUCGACAUCAUGGCGGAGCUACAGGACUUUCUGCGCGCCAAACACCCGGAGAUGCCGUUCUCUGCCAUGCAGCUAGGGGGCCCUCUAGGCAGCUGUCUCCCCAUCGGCUGUUCAGAGCACACGGGCCUGACGCUCCCUCUGGUCUUGGAGCCAGAACUGUGGCGGUUUAUCCCGGGCCACGAGACGAUCCUGAAUGAGCCCCAGUUUUGGAUGGUGAAGAGAGAGGACAUGGAAUUCACGGCCCGAGGCAGCAGCCCCUGGGACAGGUUCAUGGUCGGGGGAUACCUCUCCUCCAGGACCGUCGUGGAAUCCUUGCACAAGACUCUAGUGGGAUCCAUCAACUGGCCAGCGAUCGGGACCAUGCUGGAGUGCGUCAUACAGCCAGUUAUAGCCCCCGAUGACCUUAAACUGGAAGUGACCCACUCCGACUUCCACAUGAUUAUCCACAUCCUCCCAAUGGUGGCCGCCAAGGACACGGUCCUCCUCGCCCACCACCACCCUAACGCCCCCGCGGAAAACCUCUGGCAUCAAAGCUUCUACGACGAAGAAGCCAGGCUAUUGCAGGAACUGGACGGCGCCGAUUCGGGGGUCAGGCUGCCCUGCCUCCAGAUCCUCCACGGAAUCUGCCGACAGAACCCGUCCCUGAGGCAGCUGCCGGCCGCCUGCUUGAGAAACGUCAUCUUGCACCUCAGUAACGAGACGUCCGAUUGGACGCAGCCCGACCUGGCCGACCGGUUCCUGCAGGUGUUGGAGGAACUGAUCGGUUACUUAGACAAAGGCUUUCUGCCCGGCUACUUCAACGGCAACGUGAACUUGUUCUCUUGUUUAAGGGAGGAAGACAUCGACGAGCUCGGAUACGGCCUGUAUCAGGUUUUCACCGAUCCGGAUUCUUCUUUGAAGAAGUGAAUCCGGGGCUUUGAUCUGCUCUGAGAAUCUGUUAACCCUUUAAUCGCUGCACUUUUCAGAGGUCCCCUCUGAUGCAUUAAGCUCAUGUUAGGGAUAACCUUUACGUGUUAAUUAAUCCCUGAUUGCUUUCUGCUGGAGACUUUGUAGCUUUCAGAUCAGAUAAUUCUGUUUAAAAUCUAAUAUUCGUUUACUUGUCUUCUAAA